GCAGCCAGAUGAAAUUGGUUGCAGAGCUUGUCAGUGCCCCCGAUGCGGACAUCCCUGCAGAAUUGGAAGCGCACAUGACAGGCUCUGCGGCUGGACCUGGAUCGAUCCCAUUCGCCGCUUUCGAGCAUCCCUGGGAAGAGGGAGAGCUCGAGGAUCUGAUGCGAACAAACGCGGCAGAUCGGGUGUUGGUUGA